CCGAAGCGUGGCGCGCUUACUACUUCCGCAAACAGAAUGGUGGAAAGCUUUACUCAGUUUUCAUAUAUGAACUGAAGCUUUAAAUUCAAAUCAUUGGACACAAUGGAAAAUUCUGCAAAAAUGGAGGAUUGUAAAAAAAUCUUUCAAGAUGAAGAGGCAUCUGUAGUUUCCAAAACAGAACUCUCUAUCAACAUUAAUGAAAUUGAAUGCUCUGAUGGAAAGGACGCUGACAAUGUUCAGGAAAGUACACCAAAAAAGGGAAAACUAGAGUUUCAGAGUGAUCCUGAAGUUAAGACUGCCAGUUGUGGAGAGGGCACUCCAUCAAAUACAAGAAAGUUGGAUAAUGAAAUUAUUCCUGAGAAAAGAGCUGCAGCAGGUGAUGAAGAGAGUAUUUCACGAACGAGAAAGUUAGAAACUGAUGAUCCAAAAGAUGAUACUUCUAGUUGUGGAGAUGGCACUCCUGCAAAAAAGAGAAAAUUGGAAGGUGAAGAUGUUCCUGUAAAACGCAAACAUUUAGAAGAAGGACAUGGCUCAACAGUAGCUGCUCACUACAAUGAGCUUCAGGAAGUUGGCUUGGAGAAACGAAGCCAGAGUCGUAUUUUUUACCUUCGAAAUUUUAAUAAUUGGAUGAAGAGUGUCCUCAUUGGAGAAUUUUUAGAAAAAGUGCGGCAGAAAAAAAAGAGUGACAUCACUGUAUUGGAUCUGGGCUGUGGAAAAGGUGGAGAUUUACUCAAGUGGAAAAAGGGCAGAAUUAGCAAACUAGUUUGUACUGAUAUUGCUGAUGUUUCCAUCCAGCAGUGCCAGCAGCGUUAUGCUGACAUGAAGAAUCAUUGUCGUGACCAUGAGUACAUUUUCAGUGCAGAAUUUGUAACUGCAGAUAGCUCAAAGGAACUCUUGACGAAUAAGUUUCGUGAUCCAGAGAUGUCCUUUGACAUUUGCAGUUGUCAAUUUGUGUAUCAUUAUUCAUUUGAAACUUAUGAACAGGCUGAUAUGAUGCUCAGAAAUGCUUGUGAGAAACUUUGCCCUGGAGGAUAUUUUAUUGGCACUACACCAAAUAGCUUUGAGCUCAUAAAACGCCUUGAGGCAUCAGAAACAGAAUCAUUUGGAAAUGAAGUCUACACUGUAAGGUUUCAGAAGAAGGGAGAAUAUCCUUUAUUUGGAUGCAAAUAUGACUUCAACUUGGAAGGUGUUGUGGAUGUUCCAGAAUUUUUGGUUUAUUUUCCUCUGCUGAUUGAAAUGGCAAAGAAGUAUAACAUGAAACUAGUUUACAAAAAAACAUUUUUGGAAUUCUAUGAAGAAAAGAUCAAGAAUAUUGAAAACAAAGUGCUCCUAAAACGAAUGCAAGCAUUAGAACCAUAUCCAGCAAAUGAGAAUUCCAAGCUUGCCUCGGGGAACUUGGGUGAUUAUGAACAUGCUGCAAAAUAUAUGAAAAAUAGUCAAGUUAGAUUACCUUUGGGGACCUUAAGUAAAUCCGAAUGGGAAGCUACAAGUAUUUACUUGGUUUUUGCAUUUGAAAAGUUGCCGUGAAUAUAAAACUGUCAAGAAAACUAGUUUAUCCUACUUUGUGCAGACAUUGUGCAGACAUGGAGGAUUCACAAUCAGCAUUAGCAACUUAGCUUUAAUCUUUUUCUUGCCCUUUUUUGUUUUUACUUUUAUCUUCCUUUUAAAAAAAAAAAUUGUGAACAUGUAGGACCUUGCCAAAAACUAGGACAAACACAUGUGUCUGUCCUCCAGCUCCUGACUGGUAGAUAAGAAAGAGUGUGUAUGUAAAAAUGAACUUGGACAUUCAUUUCUUUAAAACAAUUUGUUUGCUUUCAGAAAUGGUCAGGGGGAAAAUAACCUAUUUUGACUUCUUCACUGAUCAGGUAGCUUUCAAAAAUUAUGUUUAUUACAACUUGUCAUUAAGGCAGCUGAGCCAUUACUAUGAAGCUUCAAUUUGUUCAGUAAUAUAUGUUUACAGAAUCAAAUUUUGAGACUGUAGGAUGUGGGGCAAGAAAUUCAAAUUGUAAGUGUGCUUGUGCAUGCACGCACAUGUGCAUGCUUGCAUAUAUGUAGUUAUUUUGUUUUCAACAUUAAAUGGUUUUGUAUUCUGUACAAUUUUGAAUGUUGGUGUACUGAAUGUGUUGAUAAAAUAGAAACUUUCACAUGUCUAUUUUAGAACAUCUUAAAAUUCUAAACUACUUGUUUAGACAUUUGCUACAGUAUUUAAGUACUCCUAUUAUUGGUAAUACUACUAGUAAUAUAGUAUAAUGUAUUUAGUAUUAGUAAUUUGCUUAGCAUAACAUCCUUCCCAAAAUAGAAUUUUUUUAAAAUACAUAGCAAAGAAUUAUUUUAGAAUUUGUUUUUUAUACUAAUGUUUGCAACUUUUUUGUUUUUAUUUUAAAAGAGAAAUAUGUGUUGCCAUCUAAAAUGUUUUGAUUAUUAGAACUACAGAAGUCUAAGCUAUUCCUUACAAUGGGUUAUAGAUCCCCCUUAUUGAUAUCCCUCUGGUGAAACACUUUUUUUAAAAUGCUUCCUAAUGCAUCAUUAUUUUUAAAGAUUAUAUCUGGCUACUAGGUAUUUAAUCAGUAAAUCUAAAGUGGCAAUAUUCAUUUUUCUCACAAGUGAAAAAAAAUCUCCUUUGACACACUAAAUUGCAAUUUCUUUUUACCUGAUCUAUCUUCAUAAAUGGGAUUAUUCUAGCAAUGUAUGUCAUAAAGUCAAUAGUUAGACAUUAGAUUGAUGCCUAGUGAAGUAUAGUAGAAAUUAGUAGUGGCUUUUUGGUCCAGGAGUCAGUUCUAAGGAUCAUUAGGUCUGUCCAUGUCAGAUUUAGUUAGCACAAAAACAAGGGACAAGAGGAAGAAAGGGGGUUUGUCAGAGAAUACAGGGUAUAAAGUACUAUUGAAGACUUCAGGCACUUGCUGACACUUCAUGAUAGGUUAUUUGCCUUUUUUUUUUUUUUUUAUUUUCCUAUAGGCUCUUUAACGAAGGUACUUUCAGCAAAUGAUCUUUAUUUUUAUUUGAUGAAUAAAACAUUACCGUAACCAAGAAAAAUCUCUGAUUGCUAAAUAAAUGUUUAUUGUUAUAUAUGAGGAGUCAGAAUCUCCAUUAGUGGUUGUCAAUAGAAGGAAUGCAGUCUAUGCUACAAUCUUCAAAUAUCAGAAUUGCUUUCAAUUGUGAGGGCAGAUAUCAAUAAUAGUAAAAUUACAUGUUACUUCAGUGUUUACAAGGUCAUUUCCUUCCAGUAGUCCUGUAGAACAUGCAGCGUAAGUCUUAUUCCCAUUUUAUAGUUUCAUAGUUUAUCGUUGAGGAAACUGAGGCUAAGAGAUCAAAUUUCUCAUGGUAAGACAGGGUUUGUAAGUGUCAGAAUUCUGACUGAUUGUCUUUCUAUUAUACUGAUUUCUCUUUAUUACAAUUCUGAUUUGGGGGUUAUAUUUUUUUUGUUUUUCAUAGUUCUCUCUCAUACCCUACCUCAAAUCAGUGUAUUAUAGUUGGUAAUGAUACCAAUAAAGAUUUUCUUUUUUUUCCUGAUACUUGUCAAUGUACUAUAGCUAUAAAUAAAUAUGGGCCGUGAAGAUUGAAUAAUAAAAUGUCACUUUGCUGCGAGCA